CUCGAUCUGGUGAGUCCUCAGUGUGCCUGUGAGCAGUCGACAUGUCUUUCGUGGACACUCUGCGCCAGUGGGAUGAGGGGGUGACGGCCUUCGAGAGGCAGGAUCUUUCAGAAGCACUCAAGAUUUUCCUGUCCAUCGAAGACCCAAACUCCAAAAUUUAUUUCAACAUGGGCUGUCUCCAGCUCCUUAACCAAGACCUGGAAGCUGCUGAAAAGGCGUUCGACUGCAGCAUCGGCAAAGACGAACAUCUGGCCAUAGCCUUCUUUCAAAGAGGAAUCACCUUUUACAGAAAGAACAGGUACGAGGAGAGCUUAGCUGAUUUCCAGAAAGCCUUCAAAGCUCUGAGGGGAAACCAGCUGAUAGAUUACAAAGCUCUUGGUCUCAGAUACAUUUUAUAUGCAUGUGAGGUUCUUCACAACGUGGCCCUGCUGGAGGCUCAGCUGGGGAACUGGGAAAAAGCUCAGGAAAACCUCGUCAAGGCGCUCAACUACAAGACUGACGCGAAGCUCAGCGUCAUCGACAGAGCUCUGCAGUCCAUUCUGAAGCAGAAACUUUUCAAACCCGUGGAAUUUCCCACAAAAUUGCUGUUCAAGCCAAACAAGCAUUACGUGGCCGAGCUGGAGAAGAAGGACUACCUGGGCAAAGCAAAGGUCGUCUCCUCUGUGGUUCCAAAAGACGAGUUUUCUGGAUUUGCCCCACUGCAGCCACAGGUUGAGGAUGGUCCAGCCUGUCCAAAAGAACCGGAGGUUUUCAGGGCGCUGGAGGGAGAGCCCCACACCGUGCUGUUUGAGUUCGUUCCCGAGACCAGCGACGAGCUGGCCGUCGUGCCGGGAAACAUUGUGUUUGUGCUGCAGAAAGGCGCCGACAACUGGGCGUCCGUGGUCUUCAACGAGAGGAGGGGACUCGUUCCUUACAAUUACCUGGAACGUUUAGAAAUCUCACUGGCUUCCAAGAAAAAUGCGGAAACACCUGCAGCUCCAACUCGGGAACCACCCAGCAGGCCUGAACGGAUACAAGGUCUCACUCCCAGUGAUAACAAUGAAGGAAACACUCAGAGUAAGGAAGAACCAACGACUGAUGGCUUGUGUGUCGUCAAAAUCCACUACACGUUCAACUUCGCCGUCUCUCUGCCUCUCGGCUCCCCUUACGACGUGCUGAUGGCGAAAAUCAGUAGGAAGCUGAAUGUGCCUUCUGCUGGAAUCACCUUGAGGCUGACCGCGGAGACAAGUGCAGAGAAUGUAAUCGAUGAAAAGGCCGAGAUGGAGGAAGUGUGGCGCCGUGCCAGCAGCGGGCGGCUCACCUUGUGGUGCAGCGUCCGGGAGGAAAUCGAUGGAAAACCUGUGAGUGACGUUCACUUCGUGGCGAUUCAUCCCUACGAGUCGUCAAACCCAGAAGAUCUGAGCUUCCAUGAAGGAGACACCAUCACUCUGCUGUCCCGGGUGAACCAGGACUGGCUGGAAGGACUGUGUAACGGAAACAUCGGUAUUUUCCCAUCAUCCUUUGUGAGAGAAGUUCCUGUGAAUGGAAACCUGGACACAAGUGACUGAGAUGCAUAAAUAAAUAGAGUGUUGAAGACGGUGAUCAUGAGGCGGUUCCUUCCUCUUCGUAGGCGAUAGCAAUGCCUCUCCUGCCCUCUACUGCCUUCACCACCGGCGUGUCUCCCAGCUUCUGCUCCAACCCUCUCCAG